CGGAUUAAGGGGUGGAUUAUCGGCACAACAGAAGCCUUGGAUGAGCCAUAAUAGAAUAACGGUGAACAGUAUUAUCGAUAAGGGGCUGUGUAUAGAUAUAGAAGGUAUAUACAGGGGGUUGGUUGUUAGGAAGCAUAACAUAACCGCAACAGGCAGCGAUCAAGGUAGACAACGACUGAUCAAGAGGUCAAGAAAAUCAUAACUAUUGCCUCAUUUCCAAGACAAAAGAUAUCGGGAAUAACUGCAGAGCAAGGAAAUAUGUUAUAUGAGACACAUUACUUGACUGGAUGAAAUUUGCAUUUUUUAUAAUCAUUUUGAGGGCGAAGGACGCAGGAAAGGAAACGUUGUUGACAAAGAUCAUCUUGGAUUCGGACGCAUGCUGUUGUUUUGCAAGUCCAGGAGUCUGAUACGCUUUUAUAAGUACCGAAUAACAUUUUGUAGUUUAAUCGAGAGAGAAUCGCCCUACAAAAGAACCAUGUCACUCUCAACGAUCCAAUUAUUUGCUAAAUAUCAAACUUUGCUUAUGUAAUCUUCAAAGACAAUAUCUUGCAAGAGCGUUUGUAUAGUUUGGAACUAUAGUUUGAGUGAACUUGUUUACAAAAAAAGUCUGACUGGACGAUCGCUUCAGAAUAAAACGGUACAAACAACAUGGUAUAAUUUAGAAGAUGAUAUCAUCUUUUCUAAGGAAGAUUUUUGCUCCGGUUGAUAUCAAGUUUGGAAGAUUUCCUUAGAAAGAUACACUUUUAGAUAACUAUCAAAAUAGCUAAAGACAGCAUAAAGUCACGAUGAUGGUCCUUGAGCAAGCCAGUCGUCCAGCUACCAAGCAGCACGGCGAGGCAGACAAUACCCAAGAUGGUCACGGAAAAGAACGAAAAGGACGAAACUCUGGUGAUAUCCUCGCCCGACGUCGCUUCGAGAAUAUUCGGAAGCAUUCGGCACGCACUCGACAUCGUACUGGUAUCAUCAACAAUGGUGAAAAGAACAGACUGACGAUUGCAGAAAAGCAAAUGGCAAAAGCACACAAGAUGGCGGAGGCUAGAGUCCAUCGCUUGCAGGAGCAGUUAAAAAGGGAGCUCCAUGAGAUGGAGGCCGGAAGGCGAGCCCUUAGGAGACGUUCUAUCUGUGUUAGCGAUGAGGACAGGGACAAGGAUCGUCAUGAUCUCACAAAAUACUGCCAGAGAGGACGCUAUCUUUAUGCCAUGCGCAAUGAAAUGAAGACCCAAAAGGUGGACAUGGAAUCAUACAACGGACGUCUGGAGAAAGCCAAGAAGAUGUUGCAACCGGCAAAGAGGAACAGCACCUUGGCCAUGGAUAGAGGCAAACUGUUAGGACUGGCCCCGGCCAAUUCCUACCUCCAGGUUGGUCGUCGUAUCAGCGUGGUCGAGGCACCACCUGCAGCCAAGCUUCUUGCCUUCCAAGACAGCGACGACGAAGACGAAGACGACAUGGAAGAGAUCACAAAGACGAUGCCGGUGAAGAUACGUCUUGAGAAGAAGGAUAUCAGGGCAAGGUCCCUAAGCAGUACGAAGACCCCGCCGCCGUUUGAUGUGAAUCAGUUGAGGAAGGAGUUUGGCCCAGAGAUGCGGAAAGCCUUGGAGAGUCUGAUGAUGGAUGAUCCAAGUGUGAUGCUGGCCAUGCCCGUUUCAAGGGAAACCACUCGAGGAAGCAGAAGAGACCUUGAGAGUCAUGGACCUCUGGACCAAAUAGCAUACGCGAAUAGACCCAGCGAAAGGUCACAGUUGGACACCCAGCCAGAUAAGGUUGGGGAUAUUGGUAAACUGAAGCUGCCACCUGUUCAGGCGGAGAAGUCACUGGUUGGGCGGGUUCCAAAAAAUCACAAAGUUCCUGCUGCUGUCAAACCUCUUCUGAGUACAGUUACAGAAACAUGAAACUUACGGACAUCGCCUCGACAAUCUGUGAAGGAUGACGAAGACAGUUUAAUAUCCAUUAAUUAUUACGAAGCGGGGUAUAGAGGAGUGAAUUAAAAAAUGCUUUACAACCGGUGCUUUUUGGAGCACACAUGGACAGUCAUCCAAUCUAGAAAUGAUUUCGUCAGUAAAUAUCGAGUUACAGGAACUACAGAAUGGAUUGUCAAUAUAAUACCUGGGCAUUUUUUAUCCUGUUCAAAUCAUACUAACUUUAUACAUUUUGUAAAUCUUCAUAACGACUAUAUUCGCGAGAUUCUCAGGAAUUAUUUAACUUGCACUUUUAUCCAGAGAAUUCAAAUAAUUGUUGAUUUGGCUUAAUCUCAAGUCACCAAAAUGCACAUUUUCAGCGUUAAAACGAACUCUGGGGUUAUAAUCAAAAUGCAUUAAAUUUAAUAUUUUAAAAUGAUGAUUACAAUCUGCAGUAGUACCUCAACCAUUUUGUUGAGCUUUAUCUCGACAUACUCGUUCAACUAUUCAUUUAUGUGUAUAAUGGACUCGCACUUAAAGCAAAGACAGUUCAUGACAAUUCAUCUUGCAAGAUAUGCUGGUAGUUUGGUGUUACAAUAAUGGAUAUACAUACUUAUAAAUUAGACAUGUAAGUGUACUUGAAUGUAACAGAUACAUGCAGGCUACAUUGUAAUAGCUUUACAAGCUUUAGACCUCAGCAAUACAAAAGGUUUAAGACACGUAAGACAAGUAAGACCUCAUUUAAAUAAACAGAGGAUCUAAAAAAUGUGAAUAGUUAGAAACUAUUUAUUCAGAUCAUCCAUAGAAAGUCGCAAUUCUUCUUUCAUAUUUUCUCUUUGUAGUCAUGGGUCUUAUCAGUAUGCUGGGUUAGUUUUAGUAGAAUACUGUAUUAUCUUACUCUGGUUUCCACAAGUUAUUGACACACGGCAUUUCGUAUAGGUAUCAUUUUAACCUGCCUCAGUUAUUAUUGUUAACGCACAUACUUACAUUGUCUGAUGUUAAAGAAUUAACGUUAUCUCAGGAUUUAUCUUAUCGUCUUUUACAAGCCCUCCCCAAAAGUAUCUUUAUAUGAUUGAAACCUCCUUAAUUGUCUGUGAUGUUAAUGGAUUCAUAUGUGUCAGAAAAUCUUGCCACUUACACGUCACAAUAUUUCGUAGGGUAAAUACAAUGGAGCUCAAUUUAGCCUUAUUGCGAAAUAAAAUUGAUGAGUAUUGUACAAUCUUAUCUCAUGUUCCAAGACUGUUUUCUUGUUUGUAUUCAUUCUGAAUUACUCAUAUAUUUUCCAUGGUUUCAACGGAAUUGGAAAAAUGCCAUUAUGAUUUAGUUUGCCCCAGUCUU